AUAUAAUAAGUGAGGAUGACAAAUCUUUAUCUAAUACCUCGGUAAGUGUCUCAAAUACUGAAGUCUCACCUAAUAAUACGACUCUCAUCUUUAGCCACGAAGUGACUGCCUCCAGCAAUUCCUUUGAUGUUGAUGAGAUGGGUGAGGUCAAGACACAGCUGGGAAACUAG